AUGCCGCACCACGCCGCGCCCAGCUGCCGCCCCCCUUGGUACGUUGCACCACGGUUCGCUCCCGAGGCGCGUGCGAAGCCCGUGCGCAUCGUCAACGUGGCGUCGGCGGCGCACGCUUUUGGAAAGAUUGACUUUGACUCCUUCAGGAGCAGCAAGGGGUAUUCCGAGUGGCCCACGUACGGCCAGAGCAAGCUGGCCAACAUUUUGUUCACGUACGAGCUGGCGCGCCGCCUCAAGGGCGCGGGCGUGCCGACCGUGAAUGCGCUGCACCCUGGGGUGGUGCGGACGGAGCUGGGGCGCUACCUGCUGUCGGACGACGCGUCCUUCCUGACCAAGGCCAUGUGGUCGCUGAUGACGCCGUUCACCAAGACGCCGGUGCAGGGGGCCCAGACCAGCAUCUUCCUGGCGUCGUCGCCCGAGGCUGAGGGCAUCACCGGGAAGUACUACUCGGACUGCAAGCCCAUCUCCAGCACACCGGCGUCGUACGAUGUUGACGUGGCCAAGAAGCUGUAUGACGUGUCACUGGAGCUGGUCGGGGCGCCUGUCAGCAGCACGGUCGCGUAA